AUGGAAAUCCUAGAUAAGAGCAAGUUGAAAAACGCGGGAACGACGAAACGUCUUGUCGAGGCAGCAAAACGCAAGGAGAAGCACGAUCUCGAUGAGACCAGGACCACGGUCCUCAAAUGGCUCAAUCCGGUUAUGGCGACACAGGAUAAAUAUGACGCUCGUGUGGAAGACAACGUCGAUGGCUCUGUGGAGCCUGAGCCCAGCCAGUCGACGCUGAAAACCUCGCUGAUUUCGCUGCUGCGAGAAAACCCGGAAACGAUCCUGGUCCUUGACGGCCUUGACGAAUUCCAGACGACCGACCGCAAGACCUUUAUCACGCGGGUGAUUUCCGCACCCAUACCACACGCGCGCUGCAUCGUGCUUAGCAGGCUGUCCAAUGAUGUUGUGCAGUCGUUUGCCGAAGCGAUUCCGGGCGAACUGUACGAACGAAUUCACAUCAGUCCGGCGAACACAGCCGAAGACAUGCGCAAGUUUUCCGUGCGCGAAAUCACCCACCUGAGCGCCUCGGACAUAUCUCUCCAGCGAUGGUGA